AUGAAGCGCUCGUUCCAGCACGUGUCUGGAGUUCGGUCCGAUGUCGACAAUAACACACCAAGUACGGUCGACAGUGAACCCGUUGCUGUCAGAGCUACGAGCUGCGAUAUCAACUACUUCGACCGACCAUGGAAGCACCGCAAGGCAUCGUCAGCUCUGCUGGCGCGCUCAAAACAGAUCAAUGAUCUCCCUCCUUGUUGCAACGUCUCGUUCUUGCUAACUUCACCGUUCUUGCCUGCCCGGAGAUGCGGUGAUCUGGAGGCUGCUGUACGGGAAGAGGCGUUGCUGCAUUUGGUUCUUUCAUUUCUCAACGUUUGCGAACAUCAGCUUAUUCGAGAAACUAGUCGAUCAUGGCGGCAACGGGUACGGACAUUAGAAGUAGAUCGACUCGAUCUGUCCGUUGUAACUUUGCCAUCAACGCCACGCACACUUCAUCGCGCGUGUCAAGCUGUUUUACAGACCUACAGUCGUGUUCGUCGACUUGAUGUGUCCGGCCAACGUUUUCUUACUGACCACGACUUGCUCGUGCUGACGUCUUCCUUCUGGACAAACCUUGAGGAGAUUGUUGCAGACGACUGUUCUGAGAUUUCGGAUUUCGGAUUGCUCGCUGUGCUCAACGCUCAAUCCCUGCGACUCCGUUCCGUGUCCGUGCGUCGAUGCAAAAAAGUUACGGGUGAACCAUUUGUUGGUCAAGUUUUGAGGCUGACAGGAUCACACCCGUCGCUCACGAAUAUUAAUCUGGACGACACUAGCGUAACUAGUACGUUUGUUGCGUGUCUCGAGGAUCACUUUUCGACGCUGCAGCGUUUGAGCGCUUUACACACACCAGCACAUCGCACGUUUUUCCAGCAGAACUCGAUUUUGAGCUCUCUCUUGCGUGAGCUUCAGCUACUGGUGAGCAAUGAGCUCGUGGAGCUUCCAUUGUUGCCUGCGCUACUUGACGAAUUCAGUCAGUGGUGUUGUAGUCAACGUGGACGUAAAUCUGGAGUCUUUGAGCGCACGGUAGUAGCGAGUGGACCACGUGCGCUCCUGGAUGUCCCGUUGGUCCUUCCUAGCACUAGGAACAGCGUUAAUGACACUGAUGUGACUGAAGAAGACAGCUUUGUAUUAGUAUCGCCUCUAUUGUAUGCGUGUGCUACGGGAAGGACUCGAGUUCUAUCAGCAAUUGUGGCAGCAACACAAGCCCAUCAGAAUGGUUUUGCGCUUGAUUUGGAAAAUACGGACGCAGUCGGCCACUCUGCGCUGAGUCUUGCGGUUGCAAACGGUCUUAUUGAAGCUACACGUCUAUUGCUGCAAGCAGGAAGUGACAUCAAUACUCGUUCAUUAGUGUUAGCGUCACCACUCUACAUCGCUAGUGAGCACGGUUGGGACGUUCUGGUGGACAUGUUGCUUGACGCAAAUGCGCAAAGAGAUUGUGCAGUCAAAGGUGGUGCGACUGCGUUAUGUGCUGCAGCAAAGAAUGGCCACCGGUCGAUUGUGCUGAGACUACUUGCAGCUGAGAAGCAGGCGGAGGAUGAAUUGCAAACACGAGGUCGCGUUUGCAAGAAUCAACUGGUACAGGCGUUGUUCUUGGCUUGUGAGGGUGGUCAUUUGUUUGUGGUAUCCGACCUACUCCUACUCACAGAUUUGGAUGCUAAUGUUCUUAUGGACGAAAAUGUGUCACCACUCUACUUGGCUUGUCAAAUGGGGCACGUGGAUAUUGCGUCACUACUGUUAGCACGUGGCGCAGACCCUAACUUUCGCAGACCACAAGGUGGUGUGUCUUGCUUGUACAUUGCUGCCCAGGAGGGGCAUGACCAGAUUGUCCGUUUGCUUGUUGAAGCGGGGACUAACGUGUAUACAAAGAUGCAUGACAUGUCCACUGCACUACACAUUGCUGCUCGCAUGGGACGCAUAGCUGUCUCCAGGGCCUUGCUACAGUAUGGUGCUUGGUUAAACGACCAAACUCGAUCUGGACUGACAGCGUUGUACAUUGCAAGCGAAGAAGGCCACGUGAAUCUUGUACAUUUUCUGUUGAAAGCUGGUGCUGGACGGGAUGUGCAAACAAGCAGUGGAGCAACAGCUUUAUUUGCGGCAGUGAAACGAGGGCACAAGUGUGUAAUAAAAGCUUUGCUUCAUGGAGGUGCGAAUGUCUCUAUAGCAAAGCACAACGGUACUAGUCCUCUUGAUGCAGCAGUUUUGCUAGGUGAUAUCAAGGCCACGAAGCUUUUGUUGCGCUAUGGAGCACGUGUAGGUGGAUUAGCCUUGCAUUUCGCCGAGCACCGACGCGACGGUGCUGAUCUUCAGGCACUGCUGCGCUCGUGCUACUAUUUGCAGCAUCUUUCCAGUGCCAAUACUACCAUCAUGACAAAGUAUUCCACCUGCACCAGCAUAGUACAUCACCAUGUUGGUCACGUAGAGAGGAUUUGGCGUCCACAAAGACGCUGA